GCGCUCAGUCGAUCGCUCAGCGUGCGAUUACAACUUCCGCUCUCGCACUCUCGAUUUCUACGUGUUAGCACCCUUCGUCUCCACGAGUGCUCUGCUUUGAGACCACUUUGGCUCUGUCUCGAUCAUCGCGCGCGGGGUAGUCGGCGUUUUCCAAUUUGCAACUUCAGCUGCGAGAUUCCUCUUUGAACGGUGUUUUGGUAGAAGUUUUCGGGUACAAUCCUCUUGGUUCUUGUGGUACGCUUAAAUUGUGUUCCAUCACGGUUUGUAGAGUUUGGUGCAGUGUCGUGGUUGCGUAUGUUUGCAACGUUUGCCAAUUGUCUUGCGAAUGGAAUGCUGCCUGUGAUUUAAUCUUGAACCGAGCUCCGUUUUCCUGCCACGGCUGGCACCAUGGCGGUGUCUGUAGCAUCCGUCUCCCUUCUCCCUCGUCAGAUUGGCCACGAUUGGCAUCAAUCUGUCUUUCCUCGUGUCUCAUCGUCACAUCGUCGUAGCGCGCGAUGCGAUAAAGUUGUUGACAGCUUGCACCUACGCUCAGUAAUCACUUCCUUGGGUUCAAAAAGGAAACGCAAGUACCGGAUUGUAACAGAAGCAGCGUCUAGUGAUCAUCAAGGGGCACAAGUCAGGACAGCCGAAGGAGUUUUUGCUAAUGGUCAAGCUCUGCCAACUGCUCAACCAAAUGAAAUAAUUGAGAAUGGAAACAAAGCCCGAGAGGAGCUUGAGUCUCCAGACGGUUACUAUCGAUGGAACAAGCCACAAGCGAGUCCCUUCUUGAGUAUAACAGUGCUUGGCGCUACUGGAGAGCUUGCCAGGAACAAAAUCUUUCCAGCUUUGUUUGCUCUCUACUACAGCGGAAACUUGUACAAGAACAUUGCCAUUUUUGGAUACUCGAGAAGUGAGCUUACGGAUGAAGAGUUUCGAGAUAUGCUUAGUGAGAGCGCGACCUGUCGAGUUGAUGAGGGUGAAAAAUGCGGGGAAGCUAUGGAGACAUUUUUGCAGAGUGUGUACUUCGAGACGGGUGGCUACUCCACUUGUGAUGGCAUGACAAAGCUGGACAGCCGGCUGAAGGAAAUAGAGGGAAUGGGGGAGGCCAAUCGCAUUUUCUACUUGUCGGUACCGAAUGAGAUUGUACCAGAUGUGAGCAGGUGCCUGAGCAGAGACGCACAAAGCAAAAGCGGCUGGACACGUCUUAUUGUAGAGAAACCAUUUGGCUCAGACUCCGAGUCGUCAGCGAAGUUGGCUGACAGUCUCUUGCAAUAUCUGGACGAAAGCCAAAUUUACAGGAUUGAUCAUCACCUUGGAAAGGAGCUCAUCGAAAACCUCACUGUUUUGCGUUUCUCCAACUUGGUUUUUGAACCUUUGUGGACUAGAACUUACAUUAAAAGUGUCCAGGUGAUGCUGGCUGAAGACUGGGGCAUGGAGGGGAGAGGAGGGUAUUUUGAUCAGCAUGGAAUUAUCCGUGACAUUGUACAGAGUCACUUGAUGCAAACAAUAGCACUCUUUGCCAUGGAGCCGCCUGUCAGCUUAGACGGUGAAGACAUCCGCAAUGAGAAGGUCAAGGUUCUACGAUCAAUGCGGACGCCAUCGCUGGAGGAUUUCUGUUUGGGUCAAUACAAAGCAAGCAUAUCUAAAGAUGGAAAAUCAAGAAUCUUUGGCUAUUUAGAAGAACCUGGGGUUUAUCCCAACAGCCUCACUCCUACAUUUGUAGCAGGAGUGCUGUACAUUGACAAUGCCCGUUGGGACGGGGUUCCCUUUCUUAUCAAAGCUGGCUAUGGACUCAUCAAGCACAAAGUGGAAAUCCGCAUCCAAUUUCAUCACGUUCCCGGAAAUCUCUAUCGAGAACAUAUUGGCCUAAAUAUGGAUAUGGCCAGCAACGAGCUGAUCAUCUCCGUGCAGCCAGAUGAGGCAAUUUUCCUUAAGAUCAACAACAAGGUGCCCGGAUUGGGCACGCAGCUGGACUCCUCCGAACUCAACCUCCUAUACAGAGAAAGGUAUGACUGCGAAUCGAUCCCAGACUCCUACGAGCGCCUCAUCCUGGACGUGAUUAAGGGUGACAACCAUCUCUUCAUCCGCAGUGACGAGCUGCAAGCCUCCUGGGACCUUCUCAUGCCCCUCCUGAAAGAUAUCGAGGAGCAGAAAGUAGCCCCGGAGAUGUAUACGUUCGGUGGUCGGGGUCCAGUUGGGUCAUAUUACCUCGGAGCUAAGCACGGCGUAAGAUGGGCAGAUGAAUAAUCUAAAUCAUACUCCGCAUGAUAGUUUGUCGAUAUCAUUUAUUCGUGUAAAUCCGCACUUAAUUAAAUGGUAGUUUCAACAGAGCUGUCCGUUAAACGUCGAGAAUGUGGAUAUGCUCUCAUGAUUGUUUGGUUGACUUUGUUACGUCGUGUUUAAGGAUCGGCAUUUCUUUGUAGGACUGAGUUUUGGACUGGCGUAGACUUCUCUAGGUGUUACUGACGUUUUGGAGGCUACAAGACUUUGACGUGGCCUCAUGCAGCUUGUCAAGCAGGCGUUGUUAUUACUCGCUCCUGGUUCACUCUUGCCAAGCGACCGCUUCAGGCAGUGCUGUUGUCGCAGGUUUGUACGAGGGAAAUGAGAUAAUAAAAACAUGAAAUGAAAAGAGCCGUUGUGGUCGCAUUUUAA